AUUCACUUCGUCGAUCGUGCGGUCACCUGGAACGGCCUUGCUGUAAAAAAAUUACCGUUUUAGCUGAGGCCAAACGAAGUCGCAAAUAGCGUUUUAAUGCUUUAAAAUUCCUUAUGAUGAAAGAGCAAGCAGAUUAUAAAACGUUCCAUCGAGGAAUUGGAGAACCGGGGUCUGCGGUGAACAAAAUUGAUAACGAUUAUGAAAACAACAACACAAAAGCGAUGAAGAAGUGGAUAAGGAACGAUGCUGCAGAUGACACGGAAUUUUUCAGCGUCGAUCAGGUGCCUCCACUCUUUCGAGAACCGUUCAUACUUACUGCCUACAGAAAGUAUAACACGACAGCCUGGUAUUGUUUCAAGAGCCUCUUUCAAGCCACCAACGAAACUAUAAACAUUUGGAGCCAUUUAUUGGCACUUGUUGUUUUCUUACUACGUUUUGCGUCAAUAUUCGCCAAACACGACCCCUUCAAAGAUUCACGGGUUUAUCCACUGCUUUGCUUCGCGGUUGGGAUCUCUGUUAUGUUACUUAUGAGCGCGGGCGCUCACUUGUUUAACUGCAUGUCCAUCAAGGCCCGUUAUGUGUGCUUCUUCUUUGAUUACUCCGCAAUCAGCGUAUACACUUUCACCGCUGGUCAAGUUUUCUACUUCUAUUCCCGCCCCGUGGAAACAGACUGGGUGAUUUUUAACACCCCUGCCAUCUUUCUAGGAAUUUCAGCGACCAUCUCCUUCGCCUCUACCCUUGCAUGUUGUUACUCGUUUGCCAAAAGGAACCGCUUUGAUGCCUUUGUCAAGGCUGGUACUUACAGUAGUUCUUGGCUGUACAACACUUCGCCUUAUUUAACAAUGCUCCUGCUGUGUGAGCCGGCCUCAACGUGCAGCAGUGUUUCAUCCAUUCACUACUUUGCACGCCACUGUUUGUUCUACGCGGGAGGUGUUUUAGCUUAUGUCACUCGCAUCCCAGAGCGACUUAUGAUUGGCGCGUUCGACGUCCUGGGCCAUAGCCAUCAUUUCCUUCACAUUCUGUGCUGUAUUGGGGUAGCAGACGAGUUCUCCGCCAUGGAGCUUGAUAUGGUACAGAGAAGGCCAUCACUGGAGAGUUUCCCUGGUCCGACAUUUUCAAAUACCAUUUUGCUGACAACUGGGGUAAUUCUUGGAAAUAUCAUGGCAGUAUUAUGGUCCGUCAUGAGAUUUAAGCUGCACAAAGAAUAACUUACGCAUGUGAACAACAUAAUUCUAGUAAACGGACUCAUUUGCACUAUUUUCAAUACCACAGUAUACAAGCAAAAGGCUUAUCUCACCUAUGGCUUAAUUUUUCGUAACCAUAGCAACCGAACUUGUUAAAAAACCAUGCCAGCAAUUGAAAAAAGAAAAAUUAAAAAAUUAAAAAAAAUUAGGGUUCUGCUUCAAAAUCGUCGUUCAAACAUCCUUUUUCGUGCUAGGGUUAGAUCACACAGGUGUUAUGAUAUAUCCUUAUAAUGUAUUUCAUAAUUGCCCGUCACGGAUUGACUUAUAUGGUCAAGGAAAGCAUGUAUAUAUUUCAAAAGUGCACUGCCUUGUUAUGUAUAUUUGUCUGAGGACAUAAUUUAUACUACGCAGUUGUUACGGUAAUAUAUUUAUUCACAUGGC